AUGGCAAUACUUGACGUUGUGCUUGAUGUCUUCCAUCAGCAGCCGUUGAUAUCUACCGCCGCAUCCGUCACUCUGCUGGUCCUGGCUCGCACAAUUUACCGCAUCUACUUUCAUCCAUUGUCCCAUAUCCCAGGGCCCAUCUUGUCUAAAAGCACCUCGCUGUGGCUCCACUACCACACGUACAUUGGUGACGAGGCCAGUACCAUCCACCGGCUCCACGCACAGUAUGGACCGUACGUACGCGUGGCGCCCAACGAGGUCGACAUUGGCGACGCGGACGCUGUUCAACCAAUUUACAUUGCAAGAGGUGGUUUCAUGAAGGCACCUUGCUAUGCCAACUUUGAUAUUGAUGGUCACAAAUCGAUCUUCUCAACUACCAGCCCAGAGUACAGAGCGCCAAGGGCUAAAGCCGUGGUGCCGAUGUUCUCGACGAAGAGCCUAAGGGAGAAUCGAGAUGCGAUUACUAGAUGCGUAGAUCGUAUGGUGAAGAGACUGAGCGAAGAGGCGCACACAAAGAAAGCCGUUAAUGUCUUGAAUCUGACAAGAGCAUUGGCUGUUGACGCUGUGUCGACGCACUUGUUCCAGGAGAAUUAUGAUGGUGUGGGCGAACGAGGACCCACCUUGAGUGUCAGCGCAUUUGUCGAUGCUUUUGUGGCUGUGGGGCGGUUCUUCUACCUGCCGACAGUAGCUUUCGUUUGGCUCGAGUGGGGCAUCAGAAAGUGGAUGGCUGACCAAGAAACGAAGGAGAGCAUGACGCUGGUCGACAAGUUUGUUGGCAAGCUGGUUUCGGGUACUACAGCCAAGUCGCAAACAUACCCUGGUCGAUUGAUGGCAGCCGGCGUCAGCAAUGCGGAGGUGGAGGCGCAGUGCAAAGACCUGUUGUUUGCUGGUACAGAUUCGACAGGCAUGAACCUUGCGACUAUUAUCAGAGAACUUGCGAUGCAUCCACAAAAGUACGAGGAGUUGAAGCAAGAGGUAGGGAAUAACACUGCACUUGGAGCCCAGGCCGAGGAUGUGCAAGCUCUACCUUACUUGACCGCAGUUGUCAAGGAAGCUCUGCGACUGAGUAUGGCGAAUCCUACUCGCUUGCCGCACAUUGUGCCCGCCGGUGGUUGGAUGUUCAAGGGUACCACCUUCUUUCCGGCAAGCUCGAUAGUCGGGUGUUCAGCUUAUGAGCUCCACUUCAAUGCAAGCGUAUUUCCAGAGCCUCACGAAUUCCGACCAGAACGGUGGCUGAGUGCGACAGACGAGAUGUCGAAGUACUGGUUCGCGUUUGGUGCGGGAAGCCGAGCAUGCAUAGCGCGCAACCUAGCGACUCUAGAGCUGCACCUUGCCACAGAACGUUUAGCAAGCAGCAAGGUGCUCGAUGGUGCACGAGCAACGAAAGAAGGAGAUGUCGAGAUCUACGAGUGGUUCAACUGCAAAGUUAAGGGUGAAAAGAUCGAUAUUGAGUGGCUAUAA